CAGUGCUUUAACUUUUUGGUGCAGGAUGUCUCGGGGGCGGUAAAAAGCUGAGGUACAAAACUGGCGAAAACUUUCAAUCAUGGAUCAGCGAUAUGAAAAGGAGCAUCCAAGAAAUCUCAUCCCUGAGUUAUUGACUCAUUUCUACCAUCUUGGUUGGGUUACAGGAACUGGAGGAGGGCUUAGCAUCAGAAAAGGCAACGAAAUAUAUAUAGCGCCCUCAGGAGUCCAAAAAGAGAGAGUGCAGCCUGAAGAUCUCUUUGUGACCACGAUAGAAGACGAAGAUAUCUCUGUACCGCCUGCUCAUAAGAAGUUAAAGAAAAGUCAAUGCACACCUCUGUUUAUGAAUGCAUACUCGCUCAGAAAUGCCGGUGCCGUUAUACACACACAUUCCAAACAUGCUGUUCUUGCAACACUCCUCUACCCAGGCAAGGAGUUUAGAAUUACACACAUGGAGAUGAUCAAAGGCAUCCGCAAAGACAAAUCAGGAGGCAACCUCAGGUAUGAUGAGGAACUAGUUGUCCCCAUCGUUGAAAACACACCACAAGAAAAAGACCUAAAGGAUCGUAUGGCCAGAGCUAUGGAAGAAUACCCAGAAACCUGUGCAGUACUUGUACGUCGUCAUGGUAUUUACGUGUGGGGCGAAACGUGGGAGAAAGCAAAGGCAAUGUGCGAGUGUUACCACGACUUGCUCGGUGCGGCUUGUACCAUGAGGCAGUUCGGCAUCGAUCUGAGCUCGAAGCCAUUUGAAGACUGAAAUCUGAGCGCAUAGCCAUUUGAAGACUGAGAGGUUAAAGGUCAGCCAGUUGCUUUGAGGUUUUACGGAAAUACAAUUUGGUUUUUGCCUUUAUGCCGAUGUGUAUUAAAUAGUAUUAACAUAGACUUCCACCAGAAACACCGUAAAGGCACUGGACACUAUUGGUAAUUACUCAAAAUAAUUCUUAGCAUAAAAACUUACCUAGUAACAAGCAAU